AAAAAACACCCCCCCCAUCUGGCAUUAGCAUCUUAUCGACGCUUGCGCCUUGCGGCUUUGUCUGUGUUUUUUCUUUUAUCUAUCGCCUUUGUCUUCCAACUUGAAGGGCAAAAUUCAUUUUUCCGGCUUCGAAUCUACGCACCUAGAUCUCGCCGUACUCUCUCACUCUCUUUCCUCAUCAACAUGUCACAGGUUGAUAACAGAAAUUCUUCAGCUGCCAAGCGUGCUAGAACUGAUGGUAGUCGUAGGGAAGAUGAUUGGACCUGCCCUAGCUGUGGUAAUGUCAAUUUUUCAUUCAGGACAACUUGCAAUAUGCGUAAUUGCACUCAACCGAGGCCCGCUGAUCAUAACUCAAAAACUGCUGCCAAGCCUGUUCAAGCCCCACAGGGUUACACAUCCUCAGCUCCUUAUGUAGGUUCUGGUGCACCCUCUUCAAUGUAUCUGGGUGUGCCACCCUAUGGUUCUUCCAUUUUCAGUGGUUCAUCUAUGCCUCCAUUUGAUGUACCAUACUCUGGGGGUUCAGCAUACCACUACAACUAUGGCAGCCGCCUUUCUACUGGUAGCCCUUACAGACCUCUACAUUUGUCUGCACCAGCACCCUACUCAAGUGGAUCUAUGAUCGGGAAUGGUGGGAUGUACGGUAUACCCCCCCUGAUGGAUCGUUAUGGCCUGGGUAUGCCCAUGGGCCCUAGUGCUAUGGGGCCACGGCCAGGAUUUUUUCCAGAUGAUAAAUCUCAAAAGAAGGGUGCAGAUGCAACACGUGAUAAUGACUGGACAUGUCCCAAAUGUGGAAAUAUCAACUUCUCAUUUAGAACGGUUUGUAACAUGAGAAAGUGCAACACACCAAAGCCCGGAUCCCAGGCUGCAAAAUCUGACAAGAACUCUAAACAAAAGACGCCUGAGGGAAGCUGGAAGUGUGAGAAAUGUAAUAACAUAAACUUUCCAUUCAGAACCAAGUGCAACAGACAGAAUUGUGGGGCCGACAAACCAACUGAGUCAAAGAAGUCGCCUUCACCAUCGCCAGAUGAAAGUAACCAGUGAGUACUAGGACAUGUUUGAGGGUUGAGAAGGUUCAGAGUUGUCGUCCGGCAUUGCUCAAUAUGGGUGUCUGAAAGUCAGUCUUGUCGUCGUCAUGUUGCCGCGGUUGUCAAGUUACUCUACCUUCUCAUGAUCUGUGUCAAGUUGUUGUAUUAACUGAAAUGGUAUUUAUGGUCUCUAUGAAUUGUUCUGAUGCAUUAUGUGUCAGCCAGCUUGAUCUGGCAAGGAUUUACAGGUUGGUUCUGGUUUCUGAUAGUUAGGAUUUGUACUUUUGGAAUCAGCUCUCCUAUCCUAGUUGGUAUGCUACCAUGCAUUUUAGAUAAGUUAUAAGUGGCAUAAGGAUACUGCAGUCUGUGCAUUUUUAGUUUUCAUUUCAAUCUGAAUUGUCUCUAUGUCGUUGAAGUA